AUGAGCCCCAGGAGAUGCUUCCUCCGCGUUAACCUGCUAUCGACCCGGCUGCGUGGAGCUGCGGGAGGCCCCCUUUCUGCUCCCUCCUCGGCCAGCCUCACGGUGCGCGCGCGUCCCCGUCGGGGCCGCCACUUCAGCCCUGGGUCUCCCAGCCGAGGCCCUUCUUCUGUCCUUCCCUCCCAGAACCGAAGUCUCCGGGCUGCAGUGCGGCCGGCGAUCCCUCCGCUUCCUGCAGAUGCCGCGGCGCACGCUCCCACCGCUCCCUCCCCCCGCGCUCGGGUUACAGCAGCCGUGCGGACGCCGGAGUGCGUGGCCUGGCGUCCGCACCGGGAGGGAUUCGCAUCAGGCCGGAAUCUGAACCCCGGGGAUCCCAGAAGGCGAGGGCCGGCGGCCUGCAGAGCCGCCCCGGAACGGGCUGCGGCUCCCCACCGGUCGCCAGGGCCUCGAGGCCAGUGCCUGGGUCCCGAGAAGCCUCGGGGAAACUUUGGAAGAAACUUUGCCAACUUUGCUCUCCGCGGGGGAGAGGCCGCCUGGCUGGCCGUGGCAGCUGCGGGCCGCGACGCGCGAGGACGUGUCCCCUCCCCCCCGUGGAUCUGCCUUCCCCGCGGCGCCCCCUCCUCAUCCAUCUUGGGAGAAGAAUAUGUCGCCUUAUUGGAUGCCGAGGCCAGAGCCGGGGUGAUGGGGCUCGGCCAGCUUCGCGCAUUUUCUUCAUGCAUAUUGAGGAGAUGGCCUGUGAUGGAGCGCCACCAGGAAAUUAGUGCCUGACAACGACGUCUAAUGGCAAUAAAUUGUUUGCGAUUCUGAGUGACACGUCGCGGGAUCAAACACGGCCGCAUUGUGUGCCCGGCUCCGCUCACUCCUUAAUCUAGGAGGGCGCGGCGGCCGUCGCUCGGGAAGGGGCAGGUUGCGCGCAGGCCCCGGGGUUGUCCCGAUUGGGCUCCGGCCUGGGCUCAGCCUCCCGGGAGACUACCUGGAGGACUAGUCAUUCUACAGGGGCAUGUGCCUCCCCGAGAAGGUCCCCAGAGCUCAAGAGACAGGACCCACGCAUGCCUCUCAGAGAGGGGAAGGUUUAUGAAAGUCCAGAGCGUCCAGGGAGCAAACUCUUGAAGAAUUGAGCUCAGAGGGAGCCCACUGCUGGAAAGCCAGAAGGGCCCAGAUCCCCAGCUCCAGACCCAGCAGAGCAGGGAACCUCUGGGUGUUAGACAUUUGCACUAAGCCCCCAUUCUCCUCCCAACUUCAAACCGGGGAAAGCUGAGAAAACAUCAAGAUCUGGCCUUGUCUGGAAUUGGGUGGUGUCGGGUUUCCCAAACUUCAAACUCUCCACUACCACCUCUAUUAUUUGUUUAACAUUUUUCCUUAAGUUGACUCAUUUUAAAUACUUACAUACAUGUUUUUGGAAAGAAAACUUGAUACUGCUACUGUAAAUUGAAAAGUAGCUCUUACUUACCAUAAAGGGAAAUGGGAACAGAUAAAAAAACAAAAAACAAAAAACUAAAGCCAAGCGAUCUAAAACAUUUGAGCCAUGUUGCUUGCUUGGGAACGACUUCUAGAGGACCUGUGGGUGUGUGUGUAAUCAUUAGCAAGGGUUGGAAGUAUUAAACACAAUCUUUUUCAGAAGAAAUGAGAGAAUUGAAAAGGGAAUGCUUCUUA